AUGCGCCGCAGUCAAUCAGCUGUUGAGGCAACUGCUGACUACCUCGGCACAAGGGUAGCUCGUUUGUCAUAUCCAAACCCUGACGAGGCAAACAGAAAUACGUUUUAUUCACAGUCUCAAAACGCUCCGCAAACCAUGCAGGAUGAUUUACUGAUGGACAAAAACAAAGCCCAGCCUCAUCACCACCACCAGCAGCAGCAGGACCCGACGCAAGCAGCAGACCCUCCUCCUCCUCCCUCCACGCCGACCCCGUCCUCGGAGCCCGCUUCCUCCUCGUCCGGGUCGGAGAGCCCGUCGGCCGGCGGCGGCCAGGCGGCUUCCGCGCUGAGCAGCAGAGACAAAGUGCCCAUGGAGUCGCCGAUCCUGCCCGGCCUGAGCUUCCACCACGGCGCUCAGGAGAGCGGCGGCCCCCUCUCCUCUCCUCCUCCUCCUCCUCCUUCCUCCUCCUCCUCUUCUUUCGGGAGCGCCUGGUCCACCGGAGGAAGCGCGAACGCCGCGGACGACGGCUUUUUCCAGGGAAUACCCUCCGUCAACGGGACGAUGCUCUUCCAGAACUUCCCCCACCAGCUCAACCCGGUGUUCGGGGGGGGGAAUUUCUCCCCGCAGAUCGGCCUGGCUCCCCAGACCCAGCAGCAUCAUCAACAGCAGCAAGCCCCCCUACAACAACAGCAGCAGCAGCAGCAGCCACCGCCCCCCCAGCACCGGAGAUCCCCCGUCAGCCCCGGCCAGGGCCCUUUCCCCCAGAGAAACGCUUACCAGACCGUCGUAAACAACGGCAAGGGCCCCUCCUCGUCCUCGUCGUCCGCUUGGAAUAACCAGCAGAACGCCGCCUGGAGCACGGCCUCCAACCCCUGGAGCGGGCUGCAGGCGGGCCGGGACCCGCGCCGGGCCGUGGGCGUCGGGGUCGGGGUCGGGGUCGGCGUCGGGGUCGGGGUCCCGUCUCCCCUGAACCCCAUCUCGCCCAUGAAGAAGCCCUACAGCGGCAACGUGAUCGCGCCCCCCAAAUUCCCAAGACCCGGCCAGCUCAACCCCAAACCUUGGAUGGAUGACGGCGCGUUCAGGACUGACAACAGCAACAACAUACUGCCUUUCCAGGACCGGAAUCGGCCCUUCGAUGCUUUUAGCUUGCACUCUUUGGAGAAUUCCUUAAUGGAUAUGAUAAGGACUGACCACGACAAAGGUAAACCACACCCUGCCGGUGGCCCCCCAAUGACUAUCGCUGAUAUUAUAUGGAGGAAUCAUUUUGCAGCCAUGGGCUUCUCUGGAGAGGUGUGGCGGCGUCUGACAGGGCUUCCCUAG